AUCGAUUUAACAUCCUAUAAUCGAUAGCCUCCCCCCCCAAUACUUGCGUUGACGAUUAAUCGAAAUAAUCGAUUAUUUUACUGCGAUUGUUCGACAAUCUUAAGCUGACUUUUCAUGGGCAAUAAGCAGCAUUUUAGAAAAUUACUAGAAACUUUUAGUAACUUGCUUAUAAAUGGACAAAUAUUUUUAAUAUCGACCAUUAAAGAUUAUUGUUAUUCAUAUGUUACUUAUAAAUCUUAGUAACUUAUUAAAAUUCCGUAAUUGCUAAAAUGUUGCUGCUACUGCCUAUGAAAAGUCAGCUUUAAACGUAACAAUCUCUAAAAUAUAUUAGUAAAUCGCAAGCAAUCCAGCAGGAAAAAUAGCAUCGUCUGCAGCGGGCUUUAUAAAACGCAUCCACAAAACGUUCUGUAUAAAAAGGGAAUAACUUGAUCUGAUCCCUUGAACUAUAUGCUUCAAGCCGUCCCGCUAACCAACGAACGGGGGCGCUACGAGUGGCCAGUUCGUUGCUCGAAAUGGCCGCUCGUGGCGAUCAUGCGCGGUGGUGAGAGUCUGGUAGCGAGGCGCAAAAACGAAAGUCGAAACGGGGCCGGGGGCGUUGACCUAGUUAGUGGUCGGGCCGGUCGGGCGAUCUCUUGCAUCCGCUGAGCUUCUUCAAGAGGUGCAUCGGGGAAGUCGAAUUAAGCGCUUGGAGAUCCUGCGAGGCGGCUAAUUAACCGGGCAACUGGCAAGUACAAGAAGGGCCUGCGAGGUUGGUUAGUGUGAGCCUCAGCUCAUCAAUCUGGGUCGAAGCCUUGCUCGGCGACGGAUUAAUCCGUAGUCAUAUUACGUCCCUCUACUACCAAUACCACCUGACGAGGGACGUACUUAUACUACUUAUUCCGCAAUCAUAUCCGGGAAUCCAUCCAGUGGAUUGACGUUGAGCAUCCUGAGGAAUCGUCAGGAUUUCCCAAAGCUCCACCGCAAAUUUCUCUUUUAAACCAAUACCCGCAUUCAACCAUCGUGAGGAUAUUGAGCCCAAGGAUCCAUCAACGCUCUAAUCAAUAUUCAAAACACGUCCUUGGAACACCGCAGUACUUUCUAGAAACGAACUUAAGGACUUGGAGAGAUUUGCCAUUCCGUUUAGUGUGGUUGUUGUGAAACCAAGGUCAGACUUACUAUUUUAUUUUCAUUUUUCAUUGGUCUCAAUUCUAAGACAUGUUAAAGUCCUCGUUGAUGUUGCUCGGUUCGAAUAAGUCCAUUCCUUUUCGUUUUCUUUUGUCAUUUAAAUCUAAUUUCUAUUAAUUGUAAUUUUAGGAAUAUCCAUCCCGUUGCUUCCCGUCAAUCUCGCCAUUACCUCUUUCAACGACAUCAUUACUUUUUAAACACGUUCCCUUGAUUGAACUGAGUUAAACACGUUGAAUCACGUUCAGUGUUGAUCUGUGGUCUGUUGCUUUACAAGUUGUUGGGACGAGUUCCGCUUGGGACGUUAAGUGAACAGUGCGUCUUGUAACCUACAAGAGAAAUUUUGGAUCCUAGGGGUUUGGCAUCAUUCGAUUGCAUCAUCCCGCACGAGGCAUAGUUAGGUCUCUGCAUUGAGCCAUUAAAGGAAAGGAAGAAGAAUAUUGUCAAAGGCCGUGUUAUCCAGACUAUUAAUUCAUCGUGGUCGAACCGGUGAAGAAGUUGUUGGGACAAUAGACGUAAUAAAUGUCUAUGGUUGGGACUUGGGAUCAUGUCUCAGAGAAAGAGUGCUGCUUGGAAUCACUUCACAAAAGUGUGUGCCACUAAAGUUCGAUGUAAAUAUUGUGCAAUGGAAUUAAAAUAUUGUGGUAACACAACAAAUCUUUGGACACAUGUUUCUGGUCGUCAUAACAUAAAAAGAUUAAAUGACUGUGUCGAUCUAACAACAGAAAUAGAUGAGAAUUCUAAUAUGCCAGUAAUUGAGGCAAAAUCAUCUAAAGAAAGUGAUAUUCCGUCCAAACAAUCGAAGCUGUGUACUAUUGAAGACUCAUUCCAGAAGAUUACAGCCUAUAAAGGUGGUGGAAUUCGCGCUGCUGAACUUAACAGUGCUCUUAUGUUCAUGAUAGCUCAUGAUCAUUUGCCGCUCUUGACACCAGACAGAACGGGCUUCAAAUACUUUAUAAAACGAGCAUUACCCCUCUAUAAACCGCCCUGUCGCAAAACAGUAACUAAAAUGAUGCGAGAUAAAUAUGACGUACUUACUGUGAAGAUUAGAAACAUUAUCAAAGAAUUGGAAUCUUACUGUCUCACAGCUGACAUAUGGACUAAUAUUCAAACAACGACAAGUUAUUUGGGAUUGACUUUACACUAUUACAAAAAUGGAAAGAACAUGCAGUCAGUUACAAUCGGAGUACAAGCAUUGAAUGAGAGUCAUACUGCUGCCUAUAUAAGUACCAUCAUUUUCGAAAUUUGUUGUCAGUGGGGCAUCGAAAUCGAUAAAAUAUCAGUUAUUGUGACUGACAAUGGUGAAAAUAUGGUUAAAGCAGCAAAAGACACGUUUGGUAAAGCUAAGCACCUUCCUUGUUUUGCACAUACCAUAAAUCUUCUGGCAUAUGAUGUACUUGGCACUCAUAAAGUUAACGGUACCAUAGUUGAUAAUGUCGAAGGGAUUUCAACACUUUUGAAUAAAGUGAGAAAAAUUAUUACAUUUUUUAAAAAAAGCGUGAAUGCAUCAGAUUCUCUGAGGAAAUUGCAAUACCAGAGAGGCAAGAGUGAAGGUACAGCUUUACGAUUAAUUCAAGACGUCAGCACGAGAUGGAACUCGACCUAUCUAUCCCUAAUACGAUUUCGUGAACUUAGCGAUGAAAUCGGCAUCACACUUUUAAAACAUUCUGCUUCUCCAAACAUGCUUACUGGAGCAGAGUUAGACAUUGUUAGAGUAAUUUGCGAAUUACUGGCACCACUGUAUCAGGUGACAGAAGAAUUAUCAGCUGAAAAAGUACCAACGGCAUCUAAAGUGAUACCAUUACUCAACCUCCUGCAAAAAAGAAUUUCUUCCGUUGAGGUUAGCGACGAAAUAUCAAUGUUAAAAAGAAUGAAAGACCGUUUACUAUUACAAUUUGGCACAAGGUUCGGCCAAGUAGAGAAAGUUCGACCAUUAGCAUUAGCUACUUUGUUAGAUCCUAGAUUUAAAAAACUCCAUUUUAACAAGCCACUUGCAGUCGCAGAAGCAAUUAAUGUUUUAUGUAAUGAAAUUAACGGAGUUCGCCGAAAUGUGCGGAACACGAGUUCUUCAACUCAACUCCAUAAAGGUGAUCAACAUACAUCGAAGUAUGAAGAUGAUCUGUGGACCAUUCAUGACUCACUUGCAACUAAGAGCGCUGUUGUUCAAGAAGAAGAGGUAGAUGGAAUUUCAAUAGAGUUGCGUCAAUUUUUAAACUUACCUGUAACAAAUCGAACAAAUAAUCCCUAUGAAACUUGGAUUUCUUUACAAUCUCAGUUUCCAAAUUUGUAUCAGCUAGCAAUGAAACAUCUUUCAAUAGUAGCUACCUCGGUACCUGCAGAGAGAUUGUUUUCAGAGGCAGGUCUUAUUGCUACUGACAUGCGGAACAGAUUAACAGGAUCUAACUUGUCAAUGCUUAUUUUUCUUUCAUCAAUAGACGAAACAAUAUGGGUGUAAGAAUAAUAUUUUACACCUCAUUUAAAUAUCAUUUUUGAUCACCG